AUGGAGAAGCUCUCGAAUGGAACCAAUUUUUCCCAUGCAUACUCGAAAGCCUUUUCGACAUGGGAGUCUAGGGCGCUCCGAACACGUCGACUCUCAAAGAGUCGCACCCUACGAUCAGAUGAGGUUCUUGUGCCCUUCAAAGACAUGGACUACGUGCUCGUCUACGAGAAAGACUUCGAGAUUGAGUUCGUCAACGGUGGAAAUGUUUCCACGGAACCUGCGGACUCGACUGAGGAUUAUGAAGUUUCGAUGGGAUCACACCGAAGAUCUGUUUUCGAAGCACCCUUAACGCGGCAGCGAAGGUAUCGACAUCUCUUCGAAUCGGCGAUGCGGCAAGAAGGACUCUCGUUGGAAGAAGAAGUAGUGGGGAAUCACGUUUUCAUCAAGGUGCACACUCCUUUCGAACGGCUGAGCCAAGAAGCUGAAAAUAUCCGACUAGACCUCCCGCUAGACGGGCUGUCUCUAGAUGAAGAACCCGAGGCCGAAGACUCCGAUCAGGGCAUCGAUCCACAGCAGUGGUUCCAGGAUAAGAUGGCGAAGCUGUUGGAUUUAGGACAGAAAACACGGAACAUAAGCGCUCCGUUUCAAACGAAAUGCAAGGACUGGUUCGUCGGCCUCCGAGACAAAGAUUCGUAUUUCAACAGCGCGAUGCGAGGAUUACUGACAUAUUAUGUCCUGAGCAGCAUCGAUAUAUCACUCUUGGAAGAAGCGACUCAAUCGAAGGCAUUCCACACGAAGAAAGGCUUGCCGUAUCUGCUCAUGAGGAGAGUGUACGUGGACGCGUUUAUCCUGCAUGACACGUCGGUUUUCGAACCCUCCCCGGUUGUGCCCUUCCGACUUUCAGCCUCCUUCAAAAACAAGGAACAUGACAGAGAGAUAUCAGCAUCGUCGCUCUCACAGAGCACGAAAGUCGCUCCUGACACGCGGGUAAUUCUCGAUAGAGAAUGGAGACAACUUCUGAGAGGCCAACCAUUGGAUGCUAUAAGGGACUAUCUAGGAGAGAAAAUUUCUUUCUAUUUUGCAUUUGUUGGAACCCUGAUAGCUUCGUUGGUUAUUCCCGCUGUGAUAGGUCUAUGCGUUUUCUUCUACGGAGUCGUGCAAAAGGUCCAGGAUGACAACAAUUUCGAUCCGAAUCGAACGAAUGAUACGAGGCAGGCGCGUGCAUACAACGCCACGAUGAGCUCUUCGGCAUUCGUAUAUUUUGUCGACACAAUCAAGGUCGCUGGCGACACUGAGCUCACACCUUUCUGGGCGUUCAGCAUUUGUUUAUGGAGUACAAUCUUCCUGGAGAUUUGGAAAAGACGCCAGGCGCUUCUUGCGCUCCGUUGGAAUGUGGAUCACUUCUCCUUCGAGGAACCUGACAGACCUCAAUUCUAUGGGACGAUGUCCGAAACUGAUCCCUUGACUGGAGAGGUCCAUUGGCAUUAUCCGCUGCGACAGCGAGCCUUCAAAUAUGUGGUCUCAUUCGCUUUUUUCACUCUCAUGACGUGCGUGGUCAUCGCAUCCGUACUGGCCGUCACGCUCUAUCAAGUCUACAUGGCGAACGUAUACUGUGGCGGAGCGAAUAAAACUGAAAAUCCCCUAGCCUUCAACGCCAAUUGCGAGGCGCUUCACUCGUCCGUCAUCGGACCAAGCCUGAACACAGUUUCCAUAGUCGUCCUCGGUAAAAUCUACGCUUACGUGGCCGAAAGGCUCACCGAUUGGGAGAACCAUCGAACUCAGAGUCAAUACAACGACGCAUUGAUCAUAAAGCUAUUCGCCUUCCAAUUCACGAAUGCUUACGCGUCCCUGUUCUAUACGGCAUUUUUCCGCGACGAACAACAAGAAAUCAAAGGGAAUGGUUCCUUAUUCGGUCUGGGGGAUGCUUUCAAAGAUUCUUGCGGAACAGACAAAGACACCUGUAUGUCACUGCUUUCGCUACAACUCUUAGUGCUCAUGAUCGCGAAACCAAUGCCAAAGUUUUUCUACGAUAUGGUCUGGCCUUUUUUAAAACAAAUCUUCCGAGGACACGGACUCAUGAAAAAAGUGAUGGAUGUGGAGAAUAGCGAAAUAGACCAACAUUAUCUGGUUAAGGAACUCUACAAGCAGGAAGAUGCCGAAUUCAGGCGAGACGAAUUUGCUGAGAAAAUCAUCCAGUAUGGUUACCUAGUUCUUUUCGCUUGCUCCUUCCCGCUAGCACCGUUACUCUCUCUUGGGUACAACGUUUUCGAUCUGAGAAUAGACUCGAAUCGACUCUUAUGGAUCAAUCGCCGACCGAUCCCAUUCAGAGAUGAUGACAUCGGCAUGUGGCUGCAUUUAUUCAAUUUCAUUAAUUACUUCGGAGUCGUGACGAACGCUUUCUUGAUCGCCUUCACGUCGAAGUUCGGUUCCUUGUACCUCCGAUCGAGGAUAUCAAAAUUCAUGUUCAUCGUUGCUUUCGAACAUCUGGUGUUCGUCGUGAAAUAUUUGUUGACCUUGCUGAUCCCCGACGUUCCCGAAGCUGUCAAAGGAGCCAAGGCCAGGGAACGCCAGCUACUGACCUACAUGAUGAGUAGAGUAGCCAGCCUCACUGCCGAGAGAAGACCGCCUACGAACGCAUCCCAAAACAGUCGGGAGCGGAUUAGCGGAGCAUCGCGGAAUUCGGUUACGCAGAUGGACAUUCAGGCAGUUCAAGCUGCUGCCCACAAAAGAGCGCUCGGCGCAGCCAACAACAACAACAACAACUGUUCCCAGAAGAACAUUCAAAAUCCAUCGAGCAAAGAUCUCCGUAAACUCACUCCCAUACCAAACAAUUGACUUUCCGAGACGGAGGCCGUCAUCGAAAAACGCCAGUCGAACGAAGCUAGAGGAUCGGACCCGACUCCCCGAUCCUUCCGAGGUCCCUGGAGAGUGAGUCAAUUCGAUUGUUAUCCGUGCCCCGCGAGCGCAUCCCU